AUGAACGUUCGAGACCCCUUCAACCUCCGCCCUGGCAGCCUGAACCGCCCUCCAAUUGCCACUUGGAAGCCGAGCAACAGGAACUCCCACGCUCCAACCGCCAACAACCUCUCCCCGCUGCACCAUAUCAUCCGAACCGCCGCGACCGCGACCCAAUCCGCAGCCGCCGACCUUCGCGAGAAAGCAGGCGAAGCGGUCCAGUCCGCCCAGCAAGUCCUCGGCGAGGCAGCAGCAGCCGCUGCCGCCGCACUCGACGACGGCGACAACGACGGGGAUAACGAAGCACGCCCGCAGCAGCAGAGGCAGUCUAUCGACAUAGAAAAGCAGUCCCAGGCCAAGGAUAAGGCCAAGGGAAAGGCCAAGGCCAAGGAUAAGGACAUGUCGUUCGCCGUCCCGAAAAAUGUCCCUUCUUUCACCAAUCCGCAGCGUCAGCUCGAAGACCGCCUGUGGGCCGCCUCCUCGUCCUCCACCUCGUCCUCCUCUCGCCAGCGGUCCUCCGUGAUUGGCGGCGUCCAAAAUUUCCUCUCGCCGCACGGCAACAACACCCGCGCCGCGCUGCCCAUGUACAAGGAUAAGCCGUACAUGUACCCUCCCGGGAGGGGAGGGGGAGCAGCGGGGUGGAGGGCGCCCUUGUACCGACGGAAGCGGACUUGUGGGAUGCUGAUGCUGGUUCUGCUGGGGCUGGUGUGGUGGACGGGUUUGUUCGCGGGACAUCAGGAGCGCGCGGUGAGGAAGCUGGACCAAUGGGGGUGGCUGAGGCAGGAAGGGGAGGAGGGCGGGACCGGGCGGGCCAGGAGGAAGGUGGAUUGGCUGAAGCGGAGGGAGAGGGUGGUCGAGGCGAUGGAGUUGAGUUGGGAUGCUUAUGAGAGAUACGCUUGGGGUUACGAUGUGUUUCAUCCUGAGUCCAAGAAAGGCGAGCAGAUGGCGCCCAAGGGGCUUGGCUGGAUCAUCAUCGACUCGCUCGAUACGCUCAUGCUGAUGAACCUGACGAGCCGGCUGACACAUGCGCGAGAGUGGCUGUCAAAGUCGCUGACUUGGGACCAGGACCAGGAUGUCAACACGUUUGAGACGACGAUUCGGAUGUUGGGAGGGCUGCUGUCGGCGCACUAUCUCUCGACCGAGUACCCGAAUCUGGCGCCGAUUGCGGACGAUGACCCGGGGACAGCAGGAGAGGAUCUGUACCUCGAAAAGGCGAAAGAUCUGGCGGACAGGCUGAUGGCCGCGUUUGAUUCGCCGUCUGGGAUCCCGUAUGCCAGCGUGAACCUGGCUAAGUAUAAGGGUAUUCUGUCACACGCUGACCUCGGAGCGUCAUCCACGGCCGAGACGACGACGUUGCAAUUGGAGUUCAAGUACCUCGCCAAGUUGACAGGCGAGAAGGAAUUCUGGGACAAGGCUGAGAAGGUCAUGAAGCUGGUGGACGACAAUGAUGCCGUGGACGGCUUAGUGCCCAUCUUUAUUUUCGCGACAACGGGCAAGUUCCACACCAAUAAUAUCCGACUGGGCAGCCGCGGUGACUCGUACUACGAGUACCUGAUCAAGCAGUAUCUCCAAACCAACAAGCAAGAGCCAGUCUACCAGGAUAUGUGGCGCGAGGCGUUGCAGGGCGUGCGGAAGCACCUCAUCACCUACACUGAGCCAUCUCGGUUCACUAUCAUCGGCGAAAGGCCGAGUGGCCUGGAAGGCGAACUCUCACCAAAGAUGGACCACCUUGUCUGCUUCAUGCCAGGCACCAUCGCGCUGGCGGUGACGGGCGGCCUUACAGAAAAAGAAGCCAAGAAGCUGCCAACAUGGACCAAGCAAGACGAAGCUGAUAUGCAACUGGCGCGCGAGCUCAUGCACACCUGUUGGGGAAUGUACAAGUGGAUGGCGACCGGCCUCGCCGCCGAAAUCACCUACUUCAACAUUGGAAAGCCGCCGCUUCCCGAAUCCGCGCCGCAUCAGGCACCCCCGGAGUUCGAUCCCUCUCCGGACGCCGAGUGGCGGAAGGACUACGAUGUCAAGCCGAUGGACAGCCAUAACUUGCAGAGGCCCGAGACGGUAGAGAGCCUCUUAUACAUGUGGCGCAUCACGGGCGAGACCAAAUACCGGGACUGGGGCUGGGAGAUGUUCAAGAGCUUCAUGAACUACACGGCUGUCGAGGAAGGGGGCGGCUUUACGAGCCUGUCCAACGCCAACAAGAUCCCGCCGACGUCGCGCGAUAACAUGGAGAGCUUCUGGCUGGCCGAGACGCUCAAGUACUUCUACCUGCUGUUCUCUCCGGACGACCUGCUGCCGCUAGACAAGGUUGUGCUGAAUACGGAGGCGCAUCCGUUACCCCGCUUUGAUAUGGGACCGCUGUUCUCGACUGGGUGGAAGAGGAAACCGAGGGACAGCGGUGGAAGGAUAGCUGAGGAGAAAAGAGAUGAGUGA